AUGGACAUCGACUCCGGCGCCCCACCCACAAUAAAACCCUCCUCCACAACCCUCCUCACCCCCGGCCAACCCAUCACCUCCGACCCCCAAUACAUGCGCGGCCACGGCACCUACCUCCCCCCUCUCUCCCAACAAACCAUAACCUCCACCCUCGCCGGCACCCUCCUCAAAACCAACAAACUGCUCUCCAUCCUCCCCCUUCGCGCACGGUAUACCCCCGAAAUCGGCGACCUGGUCAUCGGAAGAAUCUAUGAAGUGCAGAGCAGGAGGUGGAAAGUGGACAUCAACGCCCCACUGCUGGCGAAUUUAUUGCUGUCCAGUAUUAAUUUACCUGGAGGUGCACUGAGGAGACGGACGAGCGUGGAUGAAUUGAAUGUGAGGAGUUUUUUUCAAGAGGGGGAGUUGCUGGUUGCGGAGGUGCAGAGUUUGUUUGGAGAUGGGAGUGCGUCGUUACAUACGCGGAGUUUGAAGUAUGGGAAGUUGCGGAAUGGGAAUUUCGUGAGUGUGAGCGGAAUGGGCGGUACAGGCGUGGUACGCAGCAAACGGCAGAUCUUCAGCAUCCAGACCGCGCGAGGCGGGGAGGUGGGCGUCAUCCUCGGCGUGAAUGGCUUCGUGUGGGUGUACUCCGACGCUUCCUCGGAUGCACAGAAGGAGGAAGCAGUCGGUGUGAAUCGACUGGAAGAAGUGGCGAGUUUGAGUAUGUACUCGAGUCAAAACGGGGUGAUUGGACCGGAGACGAGGAAGGCGAUCGCGGUGGUGGUGGGGGUUGUUAAGGCCUUGGUGGAGGCGAGGGUUAGGGUGGAGGAGGAGAGUGUUAGGAGGGGGUAUGAGGUUGUUUUGGAGGUGGAGGAGGAGACGGGGGAGGAGGUUGUGCGGGUGGAUGGGGAGUUGGGGAGGGUGGUGGGGGAGAGGGUUGCGGGGGGGAUGGCGAGGUAA